CAGGAAAAGGGGGAUGGAUGGACGCCCACACGACGCGACACGAGUCAGUCGACACGAGUCACUCACGCACUUACGCACACUAUGCUGGCUGCAUCGCAUCCAUACGCACACACAGAGACACAGAAAACAUCCACUCGUCCGGUGUGGUGACCCGCUGAACAUCAUGACGGAGAAAAUGCCCCGCGGGUGGAGGCGUUCGUCGUCCACCAUCCAGUCCAUGAAGGCGACCUGCGGUUGGCCGGCCGGUCGCAUCCCACUGCACCGCAUCUCUCUCCCUUACUAAACACUCACUCACACACGCGCCGCCACGACAAAUCACAACACACACGGAGAUGCGACAGACAAGCAAGUGCACCACACCACACCACGCCACACCACCCCGCGCACAGCAACAACCUGUCAGCUCCUGACAGCCCCUCGCCGCUCCGCCGACGUGGUCUGCGUCUUCAGGGCAGAGUCGGACACCAACUAAACACACACACAGCCCACACACAUUCUCUCUCUCUCUCUCUCUCUGUGUGUGUGAGUGUGUGGCUGACCUUUGGCCUGGCGGCUUUGGAUGUGUGCGGCAGUUCCCGCAGGUCGUAUCCCUUGUAGACCUGGAAGGGCCGCACGAUGCGGUUCUCGGGGUCAUCCUGGAACUCGUUCCUGGUGGACACACAAAGCAUCACACCACACCACACAGGCCACGCACAUCCACGACUGGCUGACCGACCAGUGUGCGAGCCAUCCGGCGAUUCGCGGGAUGGUGAAGAGAAUGGGGAAGAAAUCAGUCGGAAACCCCAUCGCCUGGUGAGUGAAGAGACAUCCAAUCAGAUCAAUCAAUCACUCAGCAGCUCGAGAAUCGAGGACAUGCCUCCUGAAUGAAUGAGUGUGUGUGUAUGAGUGUUGGCCCAUCCAUACCUUGUAGAUGAGCCCCGAGUAGAAGUCCACGUUGGGGUACAGCUUGCGCUUCACAAAGUAAUCGUCCUGACGCACACACACACACACACACCCGUCGACCAUAUCCGCCCGUGUCUGUGUUGGUCCCUCACGCACGUUGAGCGCCCGUUUCUCGAGCUCGAUGGCGACCUCGAUCAUGGGCUCGCGACCCAAUACCUCGAACACCUCCUCGGCGACCUGACAGCCAGGCCGCCAUCACCAACACCAACAGCAGCCAGCACGACGCCCCGCCCCCAUGUGUGUCUUGUCUGCCUGUCACAGCUGUGUGUGUGGACGGCCGCACGCACGCAUCAAACGCACCCACCGUUCUGAUGAUUCUUGCGCGUGGGUCGUAGCUACGGUAGACGCGGUGGCCGAAACCCAUCAGCAGCUCCUGAGAGAGAGAGAGAGAGAGAGAGAGGUCAAUCAAGCAGAGAGGAGAGAUGUGUGGAUGGGUUUGAAGGAUGGGAUAGAUGCUCUUGUCGACAUAUGUCAUGCCCACCUCUCGCUUCUUGACUCGAUCGAGGAAGGAAGGGAUAUUCUCAACCCUUAUCGAUAUAUAAUGCACACACGACAAGCAGACCUCUUCGCCCCGCCCCUUGACUUGGUGUGAUCGGCCUUUGCUCACUUUCCGAUUUUCUCGAGCAUUCGCACCACGGCCUCGUUCGCACCCUACACACACACACACACACACACACACAAGUGAGCGCGUAGACGGACAGGCGCCUCCUACCCAGCAUAGCCCCCCACCCCCCACCGCCCCUGACGUACCCCGUGUCGUGGGCCAUAGAGAGCGCCCGUUGCCCCAGCAAUGGUGGUGUACACCUGGAUGGAUGGACGAGGGAAGGAAGGACAGAGCAGACAGACACACACCAAUGAAUGGGUCUUGUCUUGUCUUGUCUGGCCUUGUCUUACUUACGUCGACGUUGGAUGACGCCAGGUGUCGCGUUGCAGAUGUACUGCAGUUCAACUCGUGCUGUCACAGACAGACAGACAGACAGACAGACAGCGGUCCGCCUCCGACCCACACCCCUCCUCCUCCUCUCCCCUCCCCUCUGCUCACCUCAGCGUGAAGGAUGAACAGCACAUCCAACGCCUGCAUGAUGCACACCACACAGAUACAGAAAAUGACAAUACGCGCUUGCUCGCUGCUCCGCCCCUCUUGUCUCGUCCGUCUCUGUGCGUUUGUUUCGCUGACUGACCCUGACGAGUUUCGGGUGAGGUCUGAAUGGGUUUGACGGGUGGCUUGGGGCGUCCAGCAUGUACAAGAAGUUCCCGGUGAAGCCCAACGACUCGUUGGGCGGAAUGAACGACCCACCAGUGCGGUGCCUAAACACACACAACCACCACACAUUUCCUUCCUGCACUAAGUAAGUAUACUUCCUUUGUGGCUGGCCCACCCCACCCGGCCUCCAGCCAAUCUAACCUGAGGAUGAGCGCGCCGAUGGUGGUGGCGCCGCCCAGGAUGCGAAGCAUAUGCCGAUUCCGCACUGACACAUCCUACAACACCACACCCCCACAUCAUGACAAGAGAGAGCCGCGGCUGUCCAUCCAUCCAUCCAUCCAUCCACAGCCACACACGCACGUCACGUGCCUUGUAGAUGCCCUGUCCAGCAAGGGCGGGGUUGCCCUCUGGGUGGAGAGUGCCGAGGUUGGCCAGUGCGGCGAUGAAGAUGCCCAUGGGGUGGGCGUCGUGGCGGUGGGCGCGGAUGACCGACUUGACGUCCUCGUGAAGAUUCGCGUGGCUCAACAAACUGGAUGAUCAGACAGACAGACAGCCGUAUUGCGGUUGUGAUGGAAUGGUGGUUCUUUCUUCUGCUCGCUUCGCUCACCCCUUUGUGAAUCGGUCCAGCUGGUCGGCGGAGGGCAGCUCGCCGUACCACAAGAGAAAGGCAAUCUGCAACAGACACACAACCAGACAACCAGACAGACAGGCAGAUCGAUCACCACUCCCCUCUCCCGGCCUCCUCUCCUCCAGUAGUGAGUGUGUGAGUCAGCCACCUCUUCCAUGGUGGUCCUCUCAGCGAGUUGUUCGAUGGGGUAUCCCCUGUAUCUGAGAAUGCCCUUGCCGCCGUCGAUGAAGGAGAUGCGGGAGGUGCACGCGCAGGUGUUGGUGUAGCCGGGGUCGUACGACUGCAGGAUCGUCCCGUCCGAGUCCUUGAUCUGCUUCAGGUCCACUGCCUUGAUCGUGUUGUCCUGCACAGACACCUCGUACUUGCGACCUGUAAUCGCUCACCCCAGUGGCAGACAGACACACAGACACAGAGAUAGAGAGAUAGAUGGGUAGAGGAUGAAUCAUUUGGAUGAGGCGGAAGCGUGCUGUCCUUUCUUCAAUUGCUCUGACUCCCUCCCCUCCCUCGUGUGUGACGCGACACACCUGUUCUGUUGUCGACGAUGGUGAGGGUCUCCCUGAUGGGCGCAGGGGAUGCGCCCGCAUGGAAGUGGCCGCUGAUCACACUCAAACGAUCCAUGGUUGUGCUUUGUUGCUUUAUACCCUUGCCCCUUUCCCUUUCCUUCUCC